CGACACAUGAUUUGAUCGCUUUUUGUGUUUGUCUCCUUUGAGUUGUAUGCGUGUCAAGUCAGACAGGAGUGAAAAAGGACACGAAAAAGGCUUUUUACACAGAAGUUAAAUUCACACUUUCAAAACAAUCCCACAAUGCACUGUGUGAGCAGAGGUGGCUGCUACCUGGUGAACUCCUACUGUGAUCUUCAGGAGGAGAACCAGUGGAAGAAGGAGAGCUACGAAGCCUGCUGGGUGAGCCUCGUCCUGGAAACCAGACCACAAUACAAGCUGACUCUCUCAGAGACAGACAGCGUCCGUAGAGAGAGUUACAAGCAGCAGCAGGUGAUCCACUUCCUGGUGGAGAGGAGCCCCUGGCAGACCCUGAGGCUGGGCAGCAGCAGAGACAUGGCAGAGCACCAGCUCCCCUUAUCCAACACCAGCAGCUCACUUCAUACCACAACUAAACAAAAGCCGGUCAUACAAGAGAAGGGAAAUAAUGAAGAGGACAAACAGGAAGUGACUGCCAUUACCCAGGACGUCAGCAAGCCACUCAGAGAGAACUUCAGAGCCUCCAGCCUGAUGUCCUCGCCGAGGGAAACCUCCAGCCGGGUGCAGAGGAGGGAGUGAAGAGAGGAGUCAUUUAAAAUUCAGAAAAUAUAACGUAGCCUUUGUUAUUGUAGUUUACAUACAGUACUGGUGUUGGUUAAACAAAAUGUGCUUCUAAAUGUAAUCAGCUUAACUGUGACUUUCAGUGGAAAAUGAAAGUGUUGAUUAAAGGUGGGGUAGGUAAGUUUGAGAAACCGGCUCGAGAUACACUUUUUGUUAUAUUCCAUGGAAUGCUCUUAACAUCCCGAUAGCAAUGAAUAUCUUCAGUGCUUUGACAAAAACUCCAUAAAAAAAUGUCA